CAGUAUCUCUAAAGUAACUUAUUCGUAAGUUGCUGGUUGGAAAGGAGUGGAAAUAGAUUGGACUAAAUGUAAUGAGGGUCUUGGAGGAGGCUGAAAUAAUGCCCGAUGUCCUACAUGAAGCUCCCGAGUCUGAAUUGAAGAUGCAACACGGACACCCAUCAAGCAUGAAUAGUUGUUUCUCUGCUCUUUCAUCAAUACGCGACCUCUCCCUUGCUCUUUUCCAUACGGUGUUGGUUCCGUUCGUCUGAUUAGUAUAGUGGUGCUUCAUUGGCCACGUGAGCAACACAAACGAAGACAGGAAAGAGUAAUCGGGUCUGGUUUUUAAAUUUCCUCCCGAAGUUGAGAGACACCUCAUUGACAGCAAAAAGCGUAGCAAUGUGUGUUCAUGCCUUGCGCCAUCUCGCCUUCAAUUUUGCAGAUGCAACACGGACAUCCAUCAAACACGGAUAAUUGUUCCUCUGCGCCGUCGGCAAAGCGCGUCAAGAUGUCUCUUAUUUUCGAGGAAAGUUAAGGUAAAGUUUUCUAAAAGUGUGCAAUGAAUAAUAAAAAAUACAUAGUAAACUUUUUAGAAUAAAUUCUGAUUCAGAAGUGUAAAAUAUUCCUUUCACUCAAUACAGUAGCUCCAGUAUCAGAUUACAAAUGACAAACUUUGAUGAUCGUCCAAUGGGUGUUUCAAGAGUCAUAGACAUACACAGAUCAAAAUUUACUUUUGUUACAUCGGUUAUUUUACUAGUCGCUUUAAUUCAGCAAUCAACCUGCAAAAAAAGGAGCAUGUAUGAUCCUGACCCACCGCGGGUACCACGUCGCAGUUGGGCAGUUAAAAAUGCCUUUGAAAGGUACAGAAUUAUACUGGAUCGUAUUAUUCCAAAGGCACCAGACAGAUUCAUGUUGGUGAAGUUUAACAAUAAUAAAACGGUCGAGUUAGGAAGUGUAAUGAGGUUUGACGAUGUAUGGGAAAUUCCAGUUUUCAUUAAUUUUGACUUCGACAUCGGUUGUUACCACACUUUAAUAUUUCUCAAUAUUGAUCAUCAAAACGAGUUUUUCCCCCAAAAAAGGCAGUAUCUCCACUGGUUAGUCGGUAAUAUCCCAGAGGUCAUGUUGGAGAAAGGUAAAAUUCUGGCCUCUUACUUGAUGCCGAUUCCUCCUCCGAUUCUACGAGGCUCCCAGCGACUCGUGUUCUUAGCUUACAGGCAGCCAAAAAUUACGAUUCAGUUCUCCGAGCCAUUCAUACCUGCUUUGCCUCUGCCGAAAACCCGCACGAACUGGACAUUGGAGGAAUUUGUGAAGAAGUAUAAAUUAAUUGGGCCAGUUGCUGGAAACUUCUAUCGAAUUGAUUGGCAGACAGAGGUUGUUCGUCCGAAAUAUGACGACGGACCGAAAUAGAGUAACCUUCUUCGGUUUUUAAAUCUCUGAGAUCAAACCGAGUUGAAAGAAUCAAAACUUCCCCGACUUCAUUUUGUAGAAAAUUUUGAAAUUGCCACUGAUUGAUUUGUCUUAUAAAUACUUGUUACUUUACUACGUAAAUGUGAUCAUGAAUUUGUUACUUGGUGAACUACAAAUUGAUAGGGGUGGAGUGAAAAUUCAAUUAAUAGAGGCGUAAAUAUAAACAAUUCUAUCGAAACAUA